GUACAGUGUGCAUUGCUACGUUUUGAACAACUUGCCAGUGUAUGAAAAAGAGGCAGCAUGGGAUGGCGAGAGAUUCUGCCCUUCGUCGCUGCCCAGGUCGGGGCGCAGCGGCCAGACGUGUCGCAUUCCUACCACAACCCGAUCGUGUCGAAGAACCCUUGGCUCAACAAAAACAGUUGGUUUCUAGAGGUCAUGGGUGGCCACUGGAACUCGUCAAACUACGUGAUCAAUUUUGGCGCGCACUACGAUCCAAGAAAGCCUGUAAGAGACAUUGAUGACGUCGUUUCCGAGCACAUGCGCAGCAACGCCGCAAUCGGGUUGGCUGUAGACGCGGACGACCCCAUUAAGUGGGCUGGCAAAAACAUCGUGCGAAGGACCCAGUUUCUAGUGCCGGACGGCGUGGCGGCGCUCUUGGACGGGGCUGGCUGUCCCGCGAUGCCACGGUUGCUUAAGGUAGACAUUGAUUCGUUCGACGUGGUCGUAGUUCGUGCCGUACUCGCCGUGCGCAAGCCAGCUUUCGUAUACGUUGAAAUCAACGAAAAGUUUCCGCCACCUGUCUGCUAUUGCAAUGAUCGCUACCUUAAGCGCUGGCGGCGACUGGACGGCGAUGCAUAUGGGUGCUCCCUGCUUGGCUACGUCGAAGCACUGCGCCCGUUUGGAUAUGCGUUGGUCUCUGUGGCCCUCAACGAUGCACUUUUUGCUCGGGGGGAUGUCCAGGCCGAGGUUGCUCGGCGGCUACCAGGCAGAAAAUUGCCGACGCCCCUCGCGGCCUGGAAACUGGGCUACGGCGAAGUCCACAACAUCCACGAAAGAUUUCCGUGGAACUACAAGAAUUGGCCAUUUUAUACUGAAACAGUGCCGAUGGCCAUUCGUCUCGAUGCGAUGGAGGCGUACCCCACCGUUCGGAAGGGAGUCGCUGCUGGCCAGGCAACCUUUACGCGGAAUGCUUCGACAGGUAGCUGGCCUUGUGCACCUACUCCAAAUACACCGCACACCGGACUCAACACGUGGAACGAGCACGUCCGGACGGCUCAUGGAGCAGCGCAGAAAAUCAAAGGCAAGAGGAUGGAAUCAAAGAGGUACCUGGGCGCGCUCGGCCAAAUCCUUGCUAAGGACUUGGGCGAGAAUGCACCUCCUGACCCCAGGAAUGCCAAGGCCCGCCUCCCGAUGCUGAAUAAGCUGUAGCCUUUUUUAACACCAUUCUCGAGCAUUCGGAGGUCAUCACGACAUCUAUUCACCAUAGUAACAAUGAAGCG